GAUCUGUUGCGUAGAGGAGGCACAUCGUAUGAACUGGAUCCAUCGCGACGUCAAGCCCGACAAUUUUCUCAUAACCGCAACUGGCCAUCUGAAGAUAUCUGAUUUCGGACUUGCAUUCGACGGACAUUGGACGCACAACCAGAGUUACCAUAACGAACAACGAUACUCCCUUAUGAGAGAUCUCGAUAUCAAUGUUAAAGGCGAUUCUCAGGAUUGCGAAGAAGAAAUGGAGAAGAACAACGCACAGCGGGUGGCAGACAUCAUCAACGGCAAGCCUCUAGAUUGCAAAAGAUCCCCUGAGAAACAGCAAUCACAGAUCAACGGACCGGUUUUGGACUGGUUAAAUCGAACGCAGAGGCGUAGCUUUGCAAAGAGUGUAGUCGGCACCAGCCAGUACAUGGCGCCUGAAGUCAUCCGAGGAGAGACGUAUGAUGGGAGGUGCGAUUGGUGGAGCAUCGGCAUCAUUCUCUACGAGUGUCUGUACGGCUGCACUCCUUUCUUCUCCGAGAACAGAACCGCAACGAAAGAACGAAUCCUGCGCCACAAACAAGUCCUCAAAUUCCCCUCCGAAUUCCGCUACGCGCGCCCCUCCACCGACCGCGUUCCCCUCCGCCCCGUAACCCGCGCUGGCAUCGACCUCAUAUCCCGCCUCCUCGAUGAAAAAGAGACUCGCCUCUCUGCCCGCCGCUACCGUGACAAUGACUUCGCCAUCGCUCGCCGUACCCUUUCUUCCCGCUACCUGCGCAACUCGCACCUCCACGCACCCGGCCACUUCGUCUUCGCCAACGACGCCGAAGACAUCAAAGCCCACCCCUUCUUCCGCGGCGUCGACUGGCAGAAUAUGCACCACGCCCAGCCGCCGUUCGUGCCGAGGGUCAGGGCGGAUCAGCCGAUUACAAAGUAUUUUGAUGAUGAGGCGGAUAUUAUGAGUGAGAGUGAUCAUUUUGAUUCAAGUAGUUAUGCGAGUGGAGUGGCGGUGAAGGAGGAGGGUGAUGGGAAUAAGGGGGGAAAGGGGAGGCGAAAGCGGAAAGAGAAGAAGAGACCUAGGGAUAAGAUACUCAGAGAUCCGGAGGUCGGAAGGACGGUGUUGGAGAUUAGGAAGAAAGGCGCGUUUGUGGGGUAUACGUAUCGGAGGCCUAGGUUCGCUAUGCCGGAGUGUUGAGAGAGGAUGGUUCCUAUGGGAGGUUGGGGAUGGAUGAGAGGAGAGGGCUUUUGCUGAAGCUUUCGCUGUCUUUCUUUUGUCCGUAGUACUAUUAUUAGUUUCAGGCCUACUUUGGGUCUGUAGUCAAAAUCCCUUUGGUGUUCGAG